GCGGCUCCAAAGUGCCGGUAUUGUAUGCGUGUACAGUGACAAAAUAACCUCGGGGCUUUAGCCCUCUCCGCCUGAUUGUUAGAUCCGCACUUCGUACAGCUUUAAUCGCUUCCCUCCUCACAUGUAGACCGUCCUCGCGGAUAACUCCAUCAGCCAAUCCCUUCUCGAAAUAUGGAUGGAUCCGAUCGAUGCCGAAACUCAGAGGAGCCACGGGCAGCCAAAUGCUUGUUUAUCUGUUGCGAUGGCACGUGGAACAAUGCUGUGGGCACUCAGCUGCCUGUGACGAACGUGGCCCGGUUAGCUCGCUGUCUGAGAAGAGAGGCACGGAAUUCAAAACCGCACAUAGUGUAUUACUCCAGUAGUGUCGGUACUGCUGCCGGCCGCCUCGGGAACUGGUAUCAGGGUGCGAUGGGUGAAGGUUUGGCCGAGAAUAUGCUUAACGCAUAUUACUUUCUUUGCCAGAACUAUAGCUUCCGGUUGCUAUUCAAUUGUCGAAAAGUCCAGGCUCAACACGAAGAUACAAACGACACGCUCAUCCCGAGCUGCAGUGUCUGCCCAGUGGAUGAGAUCAUUCUCGUAGGCUUCUCGAGAGGAGGGUUUACGGUCCGAUGCCUAGCCGCUUUCAUCGACACAGUCGGUCUGUUGCGACGGAAAGGUCUCCCAUUCUUGAAGGCGCUUUUUUCCCUCUGGACAGCACGGAAGUCAAAAGCCGGUGGUGACGCGUUCGAAGAGCUAUUGCAAGAACUCAAGAAGAACAAGUUCCUCGCUCGGCCUAGGAUCAAAGUCCUGGCAGAGUGGGACACCGUGAGUGCGAUGAGUCGUAAAAGCUUUCGUCCACCCGCAUUCUCCUUCGUGACAGAUACGGUACCCAGCUGCGUUGAAUCAGCCUUCCACGCGAUGUCAAUCCACGAAAGUCGGUAUAAGUUUGCACCAAUGCCUUACCAUAUGGCCAGCUCAACAACAACGGUAGUUCGACAAUGCUUGUUCGUAGGCAGUCAUUCAGAUAUUGGCGGAGGUAACUACGAUGCAGGUUUGUCCAUGUUGUCAUUCCUUUGGAUGAUUGCAUCGAUACGAAAUGUCUCUCAAGCGGAGUUUGACGACGUAGUGAUAUUUGGGGAUUAUGUACCCUUAGCGGUUGAAUGGCCACUCCCUUCGUAUCGCAAUCUAUGGCGUCAGAAGAAAAAGACUUAUAUCAGCUGCAGCGAAUCGAAGGGAUAUCUCCAGGCCUCACAUCGGAACUGGUGGAAACUGGUGAAGUGGUGUUCUUUUGGAUUUGCUGUGUGUCCGCGUGGCAAGUACUGGCGUGCCUUCAGUACGGACUCACUUCCAGAUGAUCAAAGUUCGCGUCCAAGUCGGAACGAAUCUCAUGGAGGGCUACUGGGCAGUUCCCGCUCUCAUAAUCCCCAGAACCCGCACGACCAGGAGCAGCCCAACGACGACCCAAAUCCAUCGCGCAACGAAGAAAGCCGACAAGGAGAACAACUGCGAGAAGAACAACAUCGACAGGAACGACAACAACAGGAACGAGAACACAACAUAACCGCGGAGCUUAUGUCUGCCGAGGGCCAGCACAGUUUAAGUCUCGAGAUCCAUUGGACGGUCCGUAUGUUAGAACUACGCUAUGAGAACACCGCUGUAUGUCUACCCGGUUACAAAAGCCAAGAACGACCCCAAGCAAAUGAAUCGUCUGAUCAUCAAACAAAAGAUGCCGAACGACAAUCUCGACAUUAUUGGUGUGAGAAUCACGGGUCGGAAAACGCAUCAGAUCCGGCAAGGGAGAAAGGCUUUCAGUUGCAAGAGUGCGAGCCCAGUGCGGAAGAGCUCCGGCUAUACGAAGCAUGGUUUGAGUUUGAGGCACAGCCCCCUAACCAGCCCGAUGAGAACGAGCAACAUGGAGAGCAAGCACAAAGUAUAGCUCAAGGGCAAAGUAUGACGCGGGAGCAAGAUAGAAUGCAUAAACGCGACACCGAAUGGAAAAAUGUGCUUCAUGGGUUCGAAAGAAAACAAGAUAUAAGAGUGCCGGAAAGGCAGAAGCAAGCCGACACGAUGCGACACUGGUUCGCUUCGCGAAAAGAAGAUAUACGUUCACUCACCGAGGUUGAUACCAGCGAACAUUCCAAUAGUAUUAGUGAAGAGCACACCGGCCUUACACACCCCAACCCCGUCCGUUGGAACCUUAGAAGUAUAAACGAUAACAGUUCCAGUUUUGUAUUCCGCAGGUUUGACAACGACAGACAUUCUUUCCGAUCUUGAAAGGGGUGUUCCAAGUUUGGAAGAGAAUGUUGCUCAAUUAAAAUCCGAACGCACGUGAUGUCGGUAAUUGUCAAAUUAGAUAAGCAACGAUAUGUUGCUAAGCUGUAUGUUAAGUUGAUUGGAUUUGGCAGGAUGAGAUGAGUGACAAUCAAGACUAUUAGGUAGCUGGUAUGCAGACGGUAUCAAAGCCU